CCUCCCGCAAGCCCCGCCCUCCUCCCCUCCCCUCCCCUCCCCUCCCUUGCAGCGUUAGUUGCAGCGCCCGCCUUUGUGCUCGUGGCUGCAGCCCUCAGCAGGCAGCGACGCCCGGGGACGGGAGCCCGUUAAUACUCCGGGCUCAAAAGCGUUGCUCUUUUCGCUGCCUCCUCUGGAAGCUUUUUGGCCUCCCCAGCGCGCCGUGCCGCGCGGCAGGAGGGGGGGUGUGAGUGUGUGUCGGGAGCGUGGCACGAGGGGGAGGGGCGGCGGUUGAGAUGGGCGAGACCAUGUCCAAGAGGCUGAAACUCCAUUUGGGAGGGGAAGCAGAGAUGGAGGAGCGGGCCUUCCCCAACCCCUUCCAGGACUACGAAUCCGCCUCCGCUGUGGCGAUGGCCGCCGGAGUCGCUGCCGAAGAAUCCUCCCCACCCGCCGGGAACAAUCUGGGCCUCCCAUUUAACGGCGAUGGGAAGAUCACCUCCAGUUUUUCAAAGAGGAUUCAAGCUAAAAUCAAGGACCUGCUGCAGCAGAUGGAGGAAGGCCUGAAGACAGCUGAUCCUCAUGAUUGUUCUGCAUACACUGGCUGGACAGGUAUAGCCCUUCUGUACCUGCAGUUGUACCGCGUCACUUCGGACCAGGCCUACCUGCUGCGAUCCCUGGAUUAUGUGAAGAGAACACUUCGUAAUCUCAAUGGCCGCAGGGUCACUUUUCUCUGUGGGGACGCGGGACCCCUCGCUGUGGGUGCUGUGGUGUACCACAAGCUAAAGAGUAACAGCGAGUCCAGAGAGUGCAUCUCAAAACUUUUGCAGCUACAGAAAACAGUUGUAAGUCUAGACGCAGAUCUUCCAGAUGAGCUCCUGUAUGGACGGGCAGGUUACCUGUAUGCUUUACUGUACUUGAAUACAGAGAUUGGUCCAAAUACAGUGUCUGAAUCAGCUGUCAAAGAGGUAGUACAUGCUAUAAUUGAAUCAGGUAGAAAUCUUUCCAAGGAAGAACGCAAAACUGAACGCUGCCCACUAUUAUUCCAGUGGCAUAGAAAGCAGUAUGUUGGAGCAGCUCAUGGUGUGACUGGAAUCUACUACAUGUUAAUGCAGCCAGUAUCAAAUGUGGACCAAGAAACCUUGACAGAGUUGGUGAAACCAAGUGUUGAUUAUGUGCGACAUAAAAAAUUCCGGUCUGGAAAUUACCCAUCGUCAUUAAGCAAUGAAACGGAUAGAUUAGUCCAUUGGUGCCAUGGUGCUCCUGGGGUUAUACAUAUGCUUCUCCAAGCGUAUAAGAUCUUUAAGGAGGAAAAAUAUUUGAAGGAUGCUAUGGAAUGUAGUGAUGUAAUCUGGCAGAGAGGCUUACUACGGAAAGGCUAUGGAAUCUGCCAUGGGACGGCAGGAAAUGGUUACUCUUUCUUAUCUCUCUACCAUCUAACUCAGGAUAAAAAGUACCUCUACAGAGCUUGUAAGUUUGCAGAAUGGUGUUUAGAUUAUGGAGCACAUGGGUGUCGUAUUCCAGACAGACCCUACUCACUCUUUGAAGGUAUGGGUGGCGCUAUUCACUUUCUGUCAGAUAUCUUGGUUCCAGAGACAUCCCGUUUUCCAGCAUUUGAACUUGGCCCUCCACAAAGGGAAAAAAGGGUAGAAAAAGACACCUAAAACAUCCCUUUGUACCAAAAGCAACACAACUGUUUAGUGCCUGAGACAGAACCAACUUUGGAUCUUAAAGAAGUCAGCAUCUAUCCUCCCCCCUUUGUCCAAAGGACCGUGAAAAGCAUGAAUGAAGGAAACCACCACAUUGGUGUUUUGUUGCAGCAUUACCUUCAGUUGUGUAAAAUAUGAAUUCCUUAAAUUCAUUUGCCAUUCUUCCCUUCA